UCCCUCCGGGCAGUGCAUCCCCCUCCCCCACACCGUGGCCGUCUUUUCUGGGUGAAAGCCGUUUUCCCAGCGGCGCUAGCAGCAGUUGAACCACCAGCAGUCACCGCAGCGAGCACAGUCAUCCAUACGGGACAAGCCACCGGAGCACCUUCUCGCACCGGGAAACCUCUGUAUUAUCGUCAAGCCGAGUAGCAUCGAUUUGCAUAUCCACUUCCACUCCUUCCUCAUUUGCAUACAGCAAGAAUGGCGAGCGGGCAUCCCACAGACAAAUUCAGUUUCAUGUAUCAACCAGACACGCACAAGAGUAAGAACAGGUUAUCAUCAACUAUGAAUCCAGUCUACAGCCCUGUUCAGCCUGGCACCCCUUAUGGAAACCCUAAGAACAUGGCCUUUACAGGCUAUCCAGGAGCGUAUCCUGCCACGGCUCCCACCUAUACACCAAACCUCUAUCAAACAGGUAGUCCUGGGUAUCCACCAGUAUACUGGAGCCUUCAGAACAAUGAGGGCACCACACAAGGAUAUACUGCAGCAGGAACCCCGUACAAAGUGCCCCCUACUCAGUCAAAUGGAGCCCCACCUCCCUACACUCCCACUCCCACACCGUAUCCAACAGCUAUGUACCCCAUUCGCAGUGCCUACCCUCAGCAGAAUAUUUAUGCACAGGGGGCGUAUUAUACCCAGCCAGUGUAUGCGGCUCAGCCACAUGUGAUUCAUCACACCACUGUGGUGCAGCCAAACAGCAUUCCCUCCACAGCCCUUUACCCUGCCCCUGUCCCCGUACCUGCACCUCGUAAUAACGGCAUGGCUGCCAUGGGAAUGGUUUCUGGGACAACUAUGGCUAUGAGUGCAGGGACCCUGCUGACAACGCCACAGCACACCCCAAUUGGAGCGCACCCAGUUACUGUGCCAACCUACAGGCCCCAAGGGACACCUGGGUACAGCUAUGUACCACCACACUGGUAGAGCCCACCCAUCACAUCAGGAGUCCACCAUCGUAUGCAACAGCUCAGAUCUUACUCGGGCUCCCAGUGGAAACCCGACACCUGUCUGCAAGAACAAAACUAAAGUGCAGCAGCCACUUUACUACUAUUAUUGUUAUUGUUUAUAUGCCACAUUCUUUAACUUUUUUUUAACAGAAGCUGCUUUUGUUUUUUCUAUUUUUUUUUUCUUUUUGUAUUUUUCUCUUCAUUUGCCAACCAGUCAUUACCGUAUUUUGUAAAGUUAUUUGUUUUUGCAUUUCUUUUGCUGUAUGUGUCAUUGGAACUGCAGAAGGUCUCCUGACCAAUCACAGGUGUCGGUUACUCCUGUUUGCGUUGUGCUGGUGCGUGUCGUCCUGCCUGCUGCUCAGUUGGCUGGAAUAUUGGGCACUUAAUUUGUCAUUAUCAUCUUCAUCGGCCACUACAGACUUAUUGACUUCUGCUGCCAAAUUUUGUCAAAGGUAGAUAUCAGCACACGGUUUUGACAAAGUGGGACUUGGUUUGUUUUGUGUUUCUGGUUAUUUAAUAAUCUUCCUUUACACUCCACUGACUUUUUUCUUCCUUUCUGGUUGUCUUCUCUUCAGCAUUUGUUUAAUCUCAGUCGUCUUCCAGCACAUGGUUGUCUGGCAGCUGUCAGUCUGUCAUCGUCGUCUUUGUGUCGAUGUGUUUGUGCUGUGUCAUCGUGACCAGAGCACUUACCAACAUUAGCUAUCCCGCUCUGUGUCCCGAUGUGUCUACUAAUAAACACUAGAAAAAGAUCACCUACUUCAUGCUACAUACUAUGCAGGCGAGUAUGUCGUGACGCUAAAGAACAACUUGGAGCCGUUCGGGUCAAGCCAGCUUUUUACGUGGUUAGCAUAGGUCAAUACAU